AAGAGACCAAAGGCCACUAGAUCUCUAGUUUACCUCUACAUUGCAUUAUAUCAUUAUAUAGACUAGAUAGACCUGGCUUUUGGUGCAAAGGGCAAAGUGAUCUAGUCUAGAUCUAGACAUCUAAUAUAGAUCGUUAUUAGAAAGAAUUAAAAUGUCUACAAUAGGCAGUCUAAAGAAUGUGGUUGCUCUGGUUACUGGAGGAGCUUCAGGCUUAGGAAAAGCUACAGUGGAAAGAUUUGUCAAGCAAGGAGCUAAAGUAGUUUUGUGUGACUUAGCUAAUUCUAAAGGCCAAGAAGUGGCUCAGGCCUUAGGAUCUAAUUGUAUCUUUACUCCAACUGAUGUAACCUCAGAAGAGGAUGUUUCAAAGGCACUUCAGUUAGCCAAAGAUAAAUUUGGUGGUCUUCAAGUGGCUGUCAAUUGUGCAGGAAUUGGUGUGGCAUUCAAGACGUACAAUUUCAAUAAACAGCGACCUCAUGAAUUAACAGAUUUCAAUAAAGUUCUAAUGGUAAACACAGGAGGAACUUUUAAUGUGAUUAGACUGGCAGCAGGUUUGAUAGGAUCAAAUGAACCAAACAGUGAUGGACAACGUGGUGUCAUAGUUAAUACUGCCAGUGUGGCUGCUUUUGAUGGUCAGAUGGGUCAAGCUGCAUACUCAGCAAGUAAAGGAGCCAUCGUAUCUAUGACUUUACCCAUUGCCAGAGAUCUGGCUUCUCAAGGAAUCCGUGUGGUUACAGUGGCACCAGGCUUGUUUGACACACCUCUUCUUCAACAGCUUCCAGAAAAAGUUCGCAAAUUUUUAUCCAGUACAAUUCCAUUUCCUUCGCGAUUGGGUCAUCCAGAAGAAUAUGCCCACCUUGUGCAAAGCAUUGUUGAGAAUCCAUUGCUUAAUGGAGAGGUCAUAAGACUGGAUGGAGCCCUAAGAAUGAUGCCUUAAAAUGUUUAUUAUCUUUUGUUAUUGUAAUUUUUCUAGAAUAAAAAAUAUAAUCUAUU